CGGGAACUGAACAAAUUAUCUAAGCCGUUGAUUUCUUAUCUUUAACAAGAACACUGACAAAACGAAGACCUUUCGAAAAAACCCAAACUGAAAUUGGGUGAUCAUCAAACAAUGAUACGAUUAUCACCUGGAUUUGCAAUCAAUCCUCGUUUUAAAUUCAAUCCCUUCGUCAAUUCCGAGAAACCGGCUUUUCUCCCCGCCCAAAUCGUGCCACGGCGGAGGAAUUUCUCCAGAAUCGGAUCGGCGAGCGGCGACGGCGCGGCUUUCGAUGCUGUGGCUUAUGAGUCUGAGCGGCUGAGCCUCGACGCGGCUGCGAUGGAGAAUAUGGCGGAGACGGCGAGGAAUGAACUUGAAUCGGAUCCAGAUAGCGACCCGAAAGCGUGGAAAUGGGUGAUCAGAAAGAAAAUGUGGGAUCUGAUGGAAGCUCGAAACUACUCCAUGAACCCUAGACCCGUUCAUCAUCGGAUCCCUAAUUUCGUCGGCGCGUCGGCUGCCGCCGCGAAAUUGGCUGAUCUUGACGCCUUUCGCAUGGCUGAGGUCGUGAAGGUUAACCCUGAUUCGCCGCAAAAGCAAAUCAGGUUUCUUACACUUUCUGGUGAGAAGAAGCUGUUGACUCCUCAGCCUAGGCUAAGAACAGGGUUCUUCUCUGUAGUAGAAUCCGGUUUGUUGAAACCCGAAAGGAUCAUCGAAGCUUGCACCUCUGUAGGAGUAGCCAAGUAUGGAAGAGCGAUAGGUCUCGAUGAGAAGAUCAAAGUGGACCUCAUUGUCCUUGGCUCUGUUGCGGUUAACCCACAAACGGGUGCUCGAUUAGGGAAGGGAGAGGGUUUUGCGGAACUUGAAUAUGGAAUGCUGCGUUACAUGGGAGCCAUUGAUGAUUCCACACCCGUUGUUACAACUGUACAUGAGUGUCAGCUUGUGGACGAUAUACCCCUCGAGAAACUGGCGGUUCACGACGUUCCUGUGGAUAUCAUAUGCACUCCUACUCGAGUCAUUUUCACAAACACACCAAUUCCGAAACCACAAGGAAUCUAUUGGGACAAACUGUCACCGGAGAAGCUACAACAGAUUCGAAUAGUGAGAGAGCUAAAGAAGCGGUUGGAAAAGAAGACUGGCCGUAAACUUCCGACCGGACCAUCGGAGAAAUUACCUCCCACCGCUGAGCGCAAGCGCCGUUAACUAACGACUUCUACUUUUGUUCGACUAAACCGUCUGGUUUUAAUUGGUUGCUUUCGGUUACAGUUUUAAAAGAGAACACAAAAAAAAUAUACUGUAUGUAAGAACUUUAUACUCCAAUUUUAUUGGUCAAAAUCCUUAAUUAGAACUGACGACUUCCAUUAUGUAUACACAGUAAAGUUUAAUUUUUUUCAAGAACUCUUAUUGGAAAUUAUACAUUCUCAUCAGUUAUUCUCUUGGAUUAAGAUGAAAUAAUUCUCUUUAACGCGCGAAAAACCAGAACACACCACCCACCAAGGCUAUAACCACUGCAGCGGCGCAGCUUAUCCCUACCACUGCUGCAGUACUCAUCUUCCCUUUAUCUCGCCAACAAUCUUUUCCUGGUGUCUGUUGUGU